AUGAUCAUCUUUCUCCUGGGUGUUUGUUUCCUUCUCACCCUUCUACAGUUAACGACCACAGGUAUUUCGUCUCAAAUCCAACUAGUUGAAGGCACCCUUCACCGCCGGAACUAUUUCUAUAUUGGCGAGCAGUAUGUUAACACUCCGGGAACUAAGAACGGAAGUGAGAUAGCCUUCGGACAAAUAUACGUGGAACGUCUCGUCCCAGUGAACGUCACUCGAUCACUGCCAAUAUUAAUGAUUCACGGACACGGAAUGACUGGAACAAAUUUUCUGAACACGCCUGAUGGGAGACCGGGUUGGGCGGAUUAUUUUAUGAGCCAAGGCUUCGAGGUCUACAUUGUUGAUCAACCCUCUCGCGGGCGGUCCGCAUGGCAAAUGGGUGUCGACGGGAACCAAUCCGAUUUCGACGCCACCUACAUCUCGUCCCAUUUCACUGCAGUGAAACAGUUCCAUUUAUGGCCUCAAGCAGCCCUGCAUACCCAGUGGCCAGGGAAUGGAACAGCAGGAGACCCAAUCUUUGAUAAUUUUUACGCCUCUACAAUGCCUAGUCUAAUUUCGGACGAAGAGAGCUCGGUGAAGGUAAGGAAGGCUUUAGGUGACCUUUUGGACCUUAUUGGUCCUGUGGUUCUCCUCACCCAUUCACAAUCUGGUCAGUACGGCUGGAUCCUAGGCGACACCCGUCCAUCCCUCAUCAAGACUAUCAUUGCUCUUGAACCUAUCGGACCUCCUUUCAUCAACGCUGUUUUCCCUCCGCUUACCCCUGCCCGUCCUUUUGGCCUAACCGAGAUUCCUGUAACCUAUUCACCACCAAUUUUCUUUGCAUCUGAUCUCAAAACCGAGAUUGUUCCAUCUCUUUCAAAUGCUUCGUUGGGUACAACAUGUUAUCACCAAGCCGCCCCAGCAAGGCAAAUGGUCAACUUGAAAGAGAUACCGACGUUGGUAGUGACUUCGGAGUCGAGUUAUCAUGCAAUAUAUGAUGCUUGUACCGUGGGUUUCCUCGCACAGGCGGGUGUACCGGUGACACAUGUAGAGCUAGCAAGUGUGGGUAUCAAAGGGAACGCUCAUAUGAUGUUCAUGGAGAAGAAUGGAUUGGAAAUUGCCGAACAGGUUGUAUUGGAUUGGAUUCAGAAGACAACACUGUAA